CAGAGAUGGCCUUGGUCCGCUCCUUCCCUUUCACCGCCAAACCUUUUCGCGCUUUCCCCAACAACCCCAAAACGCCGUCGUUUCUUUCUCAGUCCACUCUCCCUCUCCUCAUUCGCCGCAGCUCCUCACUCACAACCUCCGAUGUCCUCUUCACCUGGGACGACGCCGUCCGGAUUUCCCAGCCGGAUUCCCUCCCCGACGAGCCUUCCAAUCUCCGAGGCUACUCCGACAAGGUCAAACUCUGCAACCGCGGACUCGAAUCGCAAUCGGAGUUCCGUUCCUUCGUAAUCGAGGACCAAAUCGUCGGGUACAUUCACAACGGGUUUGCUGAGAAUUUACGGAGUUACCGCGACGUUUUUACUUUUUUACCGGGGCAGGUAACUCUGCAUUCUUCGUUGCGCACGGCGGAGGAUAGGACUAGAGCUGUUGGAGAUGUUAUUAAGAGCUUAGGGGAGGAAUUAAUUCCAGGUAUAAGAAAUGAGUUGUACCCGGUGACGGCGGCUUUUGGGGCUCCAGCGUAUUUCUCGCUUGAACGUGCAGCCGCUCCUUACUUUGGAAUAAAGGCUUAUGGGAUACAUAUGUGUGGCUAUGUUGAGAAAGAUGGAGAGAAAUUUCUAUGGGUAGCAAAGAGAAGUCAACAAAAACCCACCUAUCCAGGGAUGCUUGAUCAUCUUGUAGCUGGUGGACUGCCUCAUGGGGUAGCUUGUGGGGACAAUGUCGUGAAGGAAUGUGAAGAGGAAGCUGGAAUACCAAGCUCCAUUUCAAGGGGUGCUGUACCCGUUGGGGCUGUUUCGUAUAUGGACAUUGAUGGGUAUAGAUACAAAAGGGAUGUCUUGUUUUGCUAUGAUUUAAAACUUCCCGAGAGUUUCAUGCCUGAGAAUCAAGAUGGAGAGGUGGAGAGUUUCAAGUUGAUCCCUGUGGAGCACGUUGCAAACAUCAUCCAGAGGACACAGUUUUUCAAGCCAAAUUGUUCACUUGUUAUCAUUGAUUUCCUGUUUCGACAUGGGUAUAUUAGUCCCGAAUGCUUCGGAUAUCUGGAUCUAUUACAAAGUCUGAGAAGCGGGAGCUGCUCCUAAUAUUAAUUUUUACUGUACUUUACCCGUAGUGGCUAUUUCAAAAUAUGUGAGAGUAGCGCAUUGCUUGGAAGAACACUAAUGUUCAGUUGCUAUUCCUUCUUUUCCCAAUUUACUGGCAAACGUAUAAGAUAUUACAGUUAUGUUUGCUUGUAUGUAAUGAGAAUUCCCUUUGCCGAAC